AGGCUGCGAGCAGCGUUUCUGCUGUACAGCUCGACGGGCUGAGACGAGUUCCAGAUGGUCUGGGGAAAGUGUUUGCCUUGGGUUAGAACAGGAUAGGCUGCGCUUCUGAAAGAGCAAAACAGAUAGGGCGCGCACGCAGUCGUUCACACACAAACACAGGCAGACGCUUGCUGGCAGACACCCCAAAGAAGAAAUCUAGUAACUGAAAAAGCAACCAGUCGUCCAUUGGGAACCAAUCCUCUCCAUUGUUCACAUAUACUUGACCCUUUCAACCUGUUCAUGACACAGAUGCCGGCUACCUCAGUCACCUCCUACUGUUUGGAUCCCGCCUACUCUGCACCUGGGUAAGCUGAGCCGUGCCGUCUGGAGGCAGAAUACCACAGCAGUUCUCUCCAAACCCAGAGAAAGCGGACGGUCGUGAGAGGCGCUAAUCGUGGUCGCUCGAAAACGUGAAGAUUUGGGGGGUUUUUUGGAACAUGUUUUAUUGUCAUACAACGUAAAGCUGCGCUCAGAAGACAUCGAAUUAGAAAAGUGUUUAAAACAGAAGGCUCCAUUCUCUGGUACCGUGUGAGGAAACGCACCGUACAGGAUCAUUUUGUGCUGCGCCUGCAUCUGAAUUUUAUUCACCGAGCUUUUUUGUAGACUGUCUGAAGCUUUAUUGGAACCGUGCGCCGCUGUUCUUGUGUGGUGAAGUUUUCCUGACAGUUCCGACGUGUUGGACGUCUAAUAAACAAGCCCGAAUAAGAUUUCUCGUUUCAACGGCUCAAUCAUAGUCGGGGACUGGAAAUUAAUUUUGUCUACACAACCACGUAACGCAUGGUGGGAAUUUCUGCCCCUUUUCAGUAUAAGCCGGGGACGUGUGUUUAAUGAAUACAAAGCCGUUGUGUGUCGCCGUGCUCUCUGCCAGAAGAUCGUACUGAGAAGCUCUCCACCAUGCCCGACUCACCUGCGGAUGUGAAGACACAAUCCAGGUUGACUCCGCCCACCAUGCCGCCGCCUCCGACCACGCAGGGUGCCCCCAGGACCAGCUCGUUCACGCCCACCACACUAACCAAUGGCACCAGCCACUCUCCUACGGCUUUGAACGGAGCUCCCUCACCGCCCAAUGGCUUCAGCAACGGGCCCUCCUCAUCCUCGUCCUCCUCGCUGGCCAAUCAGCAGCUCCCGCCGGCCUGUGGCGCCCGGCAGCUCAGCAAGCUGAAGCGCUUCCUCACGACGCUGCAGCAGUUCGGGAAUGACAUCUCCCCGGAGAUCGGCGAGAGAGUCCGCACGCUGGUGCUGGGCCUCGUGAACUCCACCCUGACCAUAGAAGAAUUUCAUUCCAAACUUCAAGAAGCUACAAACUUCCCACUACGACCUUUUGUCAUCCCAUUUCUAAAGGCCAACCUACCGUUACUGCAGCGCGAGCUCCUGCACUGUGCGCGGCUGGCCAAGCAGAACCCAGCUCAGUACCUGGCCCAGCACGAGCAGCUGCUCCUCGACACCAGUACCACCUCUCCCGUGGACUCUUCCGAACUGCUGCUGGACGUCAACGAAAACGGCAAGAGGAGGACCCCUGACAGAACCAAAGAGAACGGCUUUGACCGGGAGCCUUUGCACCCAGAUCACCCCAGCAAGAGGCCCUGCACGAUCAGCCCUGGCCAGCGCUACAGCCCCAGCAACGGGCUCUCCUACCAGCCCAACGGCCUGCCUCACCCCACGCCGCCCCCACCUCAGCACUACCGCCUGGACGACAUGGCCAUCGCACACCACUACAGGGACACCUACAGGCACCCCAACCCCCGUGACCUCAGGGAUCGCGCCCGGCCUCUGGGGAUGCACGGCACACGGCAGGAGGAAGUCAUCGAUCACAGGCUCACUGACAGGGAAUGGGCGGAGGAGUGGAAGCACCUUGACCAUGUAAGAAAACUGCUGAACUGCAUCAUGGACAUGGUGGAGAAGACCCGGCGCUCCCUCACCGUGCUCCGCCGCUGCCAGGAGGCCGACCGGGAGGAGCUCAACUACUGGAUCCGCCGGUACAGCGACGCCGAGGACCUGAAGAAGGGCGGCAGCAGCAGCAGCCAGUCCAGACAGCAGAGUCCGGCCAGCCAGGAGGCCUCCACGCCAGAAAUACACAGGGAGCUGCUCCACAGACCGGUGUCAGGAUACGUGCCUGAGGAGAUCUGGAAAAAAGCUGAAGAGGCUGUGAACGAGGUGAAGAGGCAGGCCAUGUCGGAGCUGCAGAAGGCCGUGUCGGAGGCGGAGCGCAAGGCCCACGAGAUGAUCAGCACGGAGCGGGCCAAGAUGGAGCGCACGGUGGCCGAGGCCAAGCGGCAAGCGGCGGAGGACGCGCUGUCUGUCAUUAAUCAGCAGGAGGACUCCAGCGAGAGCUGCUGGAACUGCGGCCGCAAGGCGAGCGAGACGUGCAGCGGCUGCAACACCGCGCGGUACUGCGGCUCUUUCUGCCAACACAAGGACUGGGAGAAGCACCACCACGUGUGCGGACAGACUCUGCAGGCGCAGCAGCAGGGCGAGACGCCCGCCGCCGUCGGCUCCUCCGCCACGCCCAGCAGCGGCGCGGGCAGCCCCGCGGACACCCCGCCCGCCGCCACGCCGCGCUCCACCACCCCGGGCACUCCCUCCGCCAUGGAAGCCGCGCCGCGCUAGAGCGGCUCCAGCUCGUCCCCGUCAAACUCUUUUGCUUCCCUCACCCGCUCAUAGAUUUUAAAAAAUGUAAGAUGCUACAAAGAGAGAGGACUGGUCUCGGAGUAACGAUUAUACACAGAAGGCCAAUAACGGGUCAUAUUGACUUGCCAUGAUUAAGAACACAAAGAUAUUCUUUGUUUUUAUUAUCAAUGUCAUUGUUGUCGCUAUUAAUAUUAUUAUCAUCGUCGUCGCUAUUUUACCUUCCUGUAAAUACGAAGCGGAAGCUGAAGAGACAGCAGAGAAUUGCAGAUGAGUACAUUUGACCUCCCCUCUGUUCUUUUUCCAGUAGCUGGGAUCUGAAACUAGUUGACCUCAUUAAAAGAUGCUUUACCAAACAGCAAACCAAGGGAUUACUAAUUGCUGUUGAAAGCAAAAAACAGAUAAUGUUCCGUGUGCUAAAGAGACACGUUUGUUUUGAACAAUAUGUGGGGGUUGGAAGGAAGGGGGCAGAAAAAAACACCAACCCCACCCCCCCCCCCACCCCCCACCC